GUCAGCAGAAGGUGAUCACAGGCUGGUAUUUAUCUUACACAACUCCACUAACUUGUUCUAAUUUUAGAAUAAUUAUCACACUGGACGGGAGCAUCACAGUGCAUUGGCAGAUAUCGUGUCUUAACAUAUAAGUGACUGAAACGCUGUUAAUCACACCUAUAAUGUAUAACAUUACGGCUGGUGAGCCGCUUCAUCACCUCAUGUCGCCCAGUUUAUACUUUAUAUAACAGGUGGGAAGAUGAGUAGUGGCUUCAUUAGUGAGAAGGAAGUAGCAGAGCGUCGCCGUGUCCGGCAAGAGGACUGGGACAAGAACCGGGGAGAUGAAGAUCCCGAAGAGGCCCCAGAAGAACCCCCUCAAGACCCUCGCUCCUUGUAUGACCGUCUUCAGGAGCAGCGGCAGAAGAAACAAGAUGAAUAUGAUGAAGCCCACAAGUUCAAGAAUAUGGUGCGAGGACUGGAGGAUGAUGAGGUGGAUUUCUUAGAGCUGGUUGACCGCAGCAAGUUACAGGAGGAGAAAAGAGUCCGCACAGAGGAGAACUCUGCUAUGGUUGAAUACAGGAAAAAAGUAUCUGCUAUGCAAAAAAAUAUUGCUGAGGAAGAAAUGAGAGCUGAAUUGAAAGCUUCAGAAAUGAGGAAAAAUACUGGAGGAGCCAAAAAAUCGUCGCACCUCUCUCUCUUAGCUGGAGCAAUUAAGAGAAAAAAUAGUGAUGAUGAUAAGAACACAGAAGAAGCUAGUGACUCCAAAAAGGCAAAACCUGACUCACCUGCCAAAGAAAACCCCACAACAGUUCAUCCAGCUAGUGGAAAAUCUGGUUUCCAGUGUAUUGCUGUUUUGCCAGGAUUAGGAGUCUACACAGACUCUAGUGACUCAGACAAUAAUAUAGACUCAGACAGUGAUGAGGACGAUGAGAUUCACAGUCAGAUUCCUCAGCAGUCUCGAGAUAUCACCGGUCGUAUUGUAAAGUCUGCAGCACAGUGUAGUGGCCAGUCUGGCUGUUGAUAGAGACAAGUAGAUUACUAAAAAUAGGCAGGACAGGAGGGAGACAUGCCCCAAGUAGAGUGAUGCUGGCCACGGUGCCAUUCUUACGGGUAUAUGAAGAUCAGUGGUUCACAGAGCAUGAAUGAGUGCUCAUCUUACCUCUCAUGCUGCUUAUGAAAAAUGGAGUGGUGAACUGUUAACGAGCACAGUUAUUGAUUAUACCCAGUUGAAUUAUUUUCUCAAAUGGCAUGUACAAUAUUUGAAACAUAAUUAUUAAAACACCUGCCAAGUCUAAAGGGCUGUAUUGACAGUUUUAUGAAGACCAAUUAAGUUUAAUGCCAGUUAUCCCUGACACUGCUAUGUGAUGUGUUUAUGGUGUUUAAUUGAUUGAAACUGUUUGACUAACAUAAACACUUUACAUGAUCAAAGUGGAAUUACUGUAAAUAAUAAUACUAUUCUGAAAAAUAGUUAGGAGACGGAUAUUUUCAUAUACAUGUACAGAGUACAUUUAAUUUUGCAUUAACAUUCUGAUAUGUUAAUGAUUAUUGCUAAAUGGGAAUUUGAGAUUCUGAAGUUGAAAAUAAAAAAAGUAACUACAGUAUAUUGUUAAAUAUAUCAGCUUUUGAAGGUGUCAUACUUUCUUGGUAUGAACACUUGUUCAAUUGUUAUCAAAGCACUGAAGAUCAGAAGUUUCCAGUAGAAGGCAAGUAUCUUGAUAUUGAUGUACAGUGUACCAUGAUUCCCUAUAUAAUUAAUUGAAAAAUUAAAUCAUUGUAGAAUUUUUAAAGUGAUUACAGGGUACUUCAUUUUGGGGGUACCAAUAACCUAAAACAAUUGUGUCCAGAAUUUUAUUAAACUUACUUUUUCAGUUA